AAAAGCACCCGCGGCACUCGCUCCGGCCCAUCACUAUCACAAUGACCACCGAAGCAGAAGCCACUGAAUACCUCUCAAAUCUUUUGAAUCGGACUCUUCACCUCCAUACGUCCGAUGGCCGCAUGUUCGUGGGUCAGAUGAAGUGCACCGACAAUGAGCGAAAUAUCAUCCUGGCCAUGACGCAUGAGUAUCGACAGCCAUCUGAGUCCGACAUCAAGCUCGCCGCGGAGAGGCACGAGAGAUCUGGUGCUCCUGGAAAUGUGAAGGUGGACAUGAAGAAGCGAUACGUGGGGCUUGUGGUGGUUCCGGGCCAGUACAUCACGAAGGUUGAGUUGAGUUGAGUUGAGAUUGAGGGAGGGUGGUGAAGUGAGGUACGGAUGGCGUUUUUCAGAAUUGAGGAGAAAGCGCUUUGCCUAUCCUUGAGUGCAUCCUCAUUUGCUGUUUGCGGACAUGAACACGGGAAUGGGUGCUCCACAGGAAAAAAAGGCAAACGAGCCGAAGGCACAUGCAAGAACACGGCGAUGUACGGCUUCUUUCAUAGGCACCUGCUGGAGAUAGUCUCGAGCCGAGAUACCGCC